GUAAAGGACUGCAAUUAGUGUUCUUUUCGUUUCGAAAAAUUUGACACAGGACAAUCUCGCAAUCAAAACAUAGUUGGUAGCAUCCACAACUACAUGACAUAGACAUUCAUAAACACUAAAACAUCAUGUUCUUCAUCAUCCAGCACAUGUUCACGGCCACGACGACCACAUAGAAAUAUAAUCUUCUGCGUACCUCCACGUGGAAAACAUGCCUUCAACAAGCCCCUCGGUUAGAUCUUCUUCUCUGUCGGACUUCAACUUGGUGAACAUGGAGGAGCCAGUGCAGGAUGGGAAGGGCGCGGACUCUCCUCAUGAAGGAAAAGCCGCAGCUGAGGACGAUGUCAUGGAGGUUCAAGUUGAUGUUGAAGGCGAAGGUGAACAAGAGGAGAACCUGGCAGGUGGUGAAGGUUCUAGCUCUAGUUGUAGUUCUAGCUCUUCCGCAUUUAAGGAAGAUGUUGAUGCCUCAAAUGCACCAUACGCGUCGACCCCCUCGCAAGGCGCCUACCCUAACACCUCUACUUCAGCACUAACCGGUGGUGGUUCUGCAUCGUCCUCGUCCUCAUCUUCAGCGAGGACGCCUACGUCCUCUCAUAGCGGCAAAAAUACACCUACAUCAUCUACUGGCGGAGGGCCGUCCUCUAGUGCGAGUUCUAGUAGUACCACUACUGCAAUCCGGAAGCCCUGGGAGUACCCGCUAUCAAAGACAGAAAAGGAGUCUCUCAUAGGAUUGGCGUAUAAAAGCGAAAUACAGAUAGCGAAUGAGGAGAAGAGGAUGGAUGAAAAUAUGGUACUAAAUAUGGUACUAUAGCUUGUUCUUUAGUUACGUUGCAUCAUUACAAAAUGCGCCUUUAGCGGUAGCCAACAUGAUAGUCUCCAGGAUGUACAUCAAAGUAAAUUUUCUACUACAAGAACAAACACAUCGUAGAUCGAAACGUUAACGCAAAUGAACGAGCGGCUGACGCAAGAGCUGGAGCAUGAAAAACGAGUGGGCAAAAGACGACAUUUUAGACUGUCUUUUGGCGAGCAAUUGGAUGAUCAUGAAAGCGCUUUAGAGCUCGAAAAAGCGUAUGAACAUUUAGACAUGUUCAAAGGCGCUGGAGGGGGAUCUCGUAGCAGUUCGAAAAAAUCGGGUGACAAAGAGGAUGAGAAGGAAGGUGAAGGUGGAAGUGAAACCAGCGGUAACAACAACGGGAAUACGAAUAGUGUUAUGGCUAUAAACAGUUUCUACAGUUCUUAGUCACCGCUCUCCUUGUUCUACAACCUGUUCUACCUGUUCGUGAAUGUGACACUGCAACUUCAAAUCUUGUUAGCGUUUUCUAAACUUCCAGACGAAGGAGACGGUAGCUGGACUGUGCUGCCAAGAGACGACCAAACAGCAUCAAAGAAGCGAGCUCGACCAGCAGAAGGAGAGGCUAGUAAUCUUAGUAUAGAUUCCGAUGGUAGUACAACUAGUACGAUACUCAAGAUAAAUAAGAGAACUACUUCUGGUACAACUGGUACUGCUACUGGUGCUGGAUGCGAAGAUGCAGGUGUAGUAGUAGUUCCAAAAGUAGCCCUCUACGUUUUCGGAGGGUUGUUUGUAGCUCUCCUACUACUACUGGGAGCAACGGCAUCAGUGCUUUUGUCGCGGAACGCAUCAUCUGCAGAACCUCCGAGGACUGAACCUGGCAGUGGUGUGGUUGCAACCUCAGAGUCGAAAGCUUCCAGUGGUACAACAGCCUUGUUAUCUUCUGGUGCGAGCAAAGGUCCUCGGGCACAAGAAGGGAAACCACCAUCCUCUUCAUCUAGUCCUAGCGUUCCAAGCGGUACUGCCUCCAAAGCUGCUAAAGAUCAACAACUGGAGAAAGCAACAUCAGAUGAAGAUGAGAAUCUUGAGUCUACUAACAAACAAGCGAAAACUAAAGAACGGACAACGUCAACAGGAACGCCACUUCCACCAAGGUUAAUCACAUCCAAUACUGGCGGACAAGGACAAAUGACACUCGACGGCGCAGAUUACCAGACGCUGCAGCACAAAUUGAAGACAAUACGUGGGGCUUCUUCGGUACUGGAUUCAGCGACUGGGGCGAGUCAACACUACGUCUUCGAAGGCACUAUCGCACAGGAGUUGGACAGAGCCCUCACCUUUUUCGGUCGUGGGGAGUGCGAUAAGAGUGCCGACCGCUUGUAUCAGUUGCUGCAUAGUAACCUGACGGACACGGUUUGGCGACCAAAAGUUUUGAGGGUACCUACCACUGGCUAUUUAUUCAUGAUCCAUCCCUUACGUCCUCGAAAACUGAAGAUAACCGAGGUAGGCACUGAAAUAAGGGAGGCAGCUUUGACAGGGCUACUCUUCCUUGUUCAGUAUCUCGCUGAUUUUAUGAGAAUUCAAAUAUUCACAGGAUCUAUAAUCUUAGAAGGUAAGGGUAUGCGUGCGUGAUUAUCUCGUGAGUUCGUGACUAGUGAUUGUGAUUAAAUUUCUUUCGUGAUUGUGAAAACCGCAUAGAGCACUGUAGCACGUGCACCACCCCCAGCUAUGUCAAUGAUCAUUAUUUGGCACGCUCAGUCCCCUCCUGGUGCAGGGCUUCGCUUCCCUGUUGGAGGCGAUUGGAGUUAUUUAGGGCCCUUACUCUGCUCAAAUAAUUAUAAUUGGUUUUAGCAACGUUCUAUAGUGGUAGUCUGGACCUAGGUGAUGUUGAUGUUUAAGGGAGAAGUAUCCCUUCCCCUUCACUAAAGUGAACCGAGUUUAGCUUUUGGGGCUAGCUCGAAAACAUUCGUGCCAAACGAUUUAGGUGCUUCAGGAUGUUAUCAGAUGUGAAGAAAAACAAUCUAUCUACCUCUGCUGCUGCGAUGUGUGUUCAGGGUUUGAAUGGAUCAGAAGGAGAUUUGAAUUUACUUUAAUCUUAGGCUGGCUAGGUUUGGAAGAUUAAAGUAGUUACUCGCUUAUUUCAGUUUAUCGAAUAGCUUUCGUAGUACUUAUUUCAUCUCAAUUGUCAUCAAGGCUUCACCAUUAUGACCUUCUUCGGUCGUCAUGUAUAGGUUAAGGAUGGUGUAUUAGCUUUACUUACAGUUGUCCUUCAUCUCCUUGUUUUGACGAGAGCGAGUGUCUCGAUGCUAUCCACUGAUGAUCAUAGCUAAAAAUAGAAACUCUAUCUCUACCCAACACUCUACCCAAAUAUACAGAACUACGGCUACACCCUUUUCUGCUCCGACCCACCGCGAAAACCGGAAGCUUUAGAGGCUUUUGACGUUGCCUAUCGGAUACAAGAACAGCACCCAAGGUGGACGUGGAAUCUCAUAGGAUAUAUCGCGGCUUCCUACGGAGACACUCAAAAUGCAUUGGCGGCUUUUGUUAUGCUGAGAAUCAUUAUUAUUAUUGGUCACUACUGAAUUAUUAUUACUAUUAUUUUGUUUUGUUAUUGUUUUUGGUCACUACUUCUACUGAAACUCAACAUCUAAUUUACUACUUCUACUGAAACUCAACUCAACUACAUCUAAUUUAUACUUCAUGAUAGAUCUUCAUUUAAGUGGUAGAUGUGACACAGAGGACACGUAUUAAAAAGCACAAGUCAUCAAUGAUCCCAAGAUAGAAGUUCAUCUUCAUGUUGAUAAGCUUUAUUUCUCGAAUCUCAACAACGGGUUAAACGUGGACAGAGCAGCGAUUAGUAAGGAGCUAACCGAGCGGGACCAGGGAAGCCUUAUGCUCCUCAACAACUUCGUGGGGGCGACGGUAUUUGUAGAAAAGAAGUUGUUUUCAGAGAUUCUUCUAGUUCCAGUGUGAGUACUUACUUAUGUUGGGGUUUUGCUAUAUAAGUACUUAAGUAGACGACCUUAGCAUCGAUUCAUCCUGCGUGUAGGUGCUAUAAUAUGCCUAUUAGGGAUGCACAGAAUAGCAAACGGGUUAUGUUGCAUGAAUUCGUGAGUCAACCCUCCCGCCCAUGGUUUUCGUUUUUGUCCUACGACUUCCUAAAAAAAGUAAAAGUGAUCCUUUCAUCUCACAUCAUGCAAUAGGUCCUCCGCGCUCGCGAGUUGGAAAACGAAGGACGCGAACGCACACUGUUUCUAGGAGUUUCAUUAAGGCUCAGCUUUCAAUGGUCAUUGGGGUUGGUCACUGAGAUCGAAGAGGCGACCCCUUGAGAGAACAGGGGAAAAGGAAGGGAAAGGGGAGAGCUUUGAAGGGGGUCCCUUCCGUUCAGAGUCAGUGACCCUUGAAUGCUGAGCUUUAAUUUCAGCAGUGAACGAGCUGGAUUCGUUGAGCGGCAACGAGCCGUUGUUUGGCGCUACCAUCCUGUCAUUCGAAAAGCUGAUAAAAAUUAAGGCUUACCGUAAUUCAUUUUGAGAAGCAUCUCUCUCUGGCCCCUUUUUCCAGGGGGAAACAGGUUUGCAAGAUGGAUAUCUGUAUAAGAUGAACAAUAUCUGUAAGUUCUAAAAAAACCGGAGAGUGGUUUGAUCCUCAGCUGGCGGUUUUCUACGAUUGGGAAGAGUACUGAGGAAAAGAGCAUUAAUGAAUAGAUAUGAAUCCCCCCGUGAGUUCUUAGAAAAUCCAACAUGAAAUGAAGGAAAUCUUUAUGUAUUUUUCAUAGCUAGACCUCGUUCCUUCUACUUAAAACAAUAGAUAAUUGGUGGAGUACGAGAUUUUAAGCAUAAGAAUGCAAGAAUAGCUUCCGGGAAUACCUCCAUUCUAAAAUUUUGACUAGAACCCUUGUAUAAGCUUACCAUUGGCUAAUCUUGAAAAUGUCUAUCAUCUAUUGUCUGCUAACAACGCGAACACCGCAUCAAUGUCAUGCUGUGUCUAAUUCUAUCCUUGACUGUCACUGUCUCUGUCGAAGUUCUCUCGUUCACACACACUAAAGAACCGUUGACCUUGUGUCUACGAGUAAUUUCUCUUCAUUUAUGAAAAGCAAGUUACAGCUGAUCCAUUGAGAUGCUCACGAUCAUGUCAUACGAUUUGAAGGGCAACAAGGAUCGAUCAUGCCUGCGACGUUGAUGAUAUUAUCAUGGAUGCCAAUGAUGUUUUUUUUUGGUGUAUACUUGUGCUUGUCCUCUGCGCUGUACGUCCUUCUCUCUCGUCCUACGAUGUAAGAAACUAGUGCUGUCAGUAGCACCACGCCAACUUGCUAUAGUAAAUGAGG